GGGCGCUCGAGAAAGAUCGAUGUGAGAUACUUUCCCCGCCCGAUAUAUGCCUUCAUGGGGUGGGGACCGGCAAUGCUGACUAGAUUGAACACAGGUCGGUAUCGUAUCGGAUGUCGGGCUUGCAGCUCAGGCUCUCACAGCUGCGGCAUCCAAGUCGUCUGCUAAGGCGAGCAGCGAGUGGGUGGAUAAGGCCAUGGUGUUAAAGAAGCCAAGCAUUCACUCGGCUGGAAACGAAGACGACCCAGUGAUCAUUGAGGAAAACGACCGGAUGCAUCCCUACCAUGGCGUAAAGGCCUUCUUUCAAUCUCUGCCCGAAGACAGCAUUCUGUGCAUGGACGGCGGCGAGUGCGGCGGAUGGGCUCUGCAGUCUCUAAACGAGGCGAGAGCGGGACUGUCGAUGGUGACGACUGGAUAUCUAGGCUUCCUGGGCAACGGUUUUGGAUACUCGCUUGGUGCCGCUGUCGCCGCGCCAGAUAAGCUAGUCGUCAACCUCCACGGAGACGGCAGCGCGGGCUUCCACAUUGGCGAGCUCGACACCUACGCCAAGUUUGGCCUCAACAUCCUCACAGUCGUGGUUAACAACAGCGUCUGGGGUAUGUCGCAAGCCGGACAGAACCUGAUUUACGGGGAGAAGACGCCGCAGCGGCCGUGCGUGGCGAUGAACCCAAAGGUCAAGUACGAGAUCGUCGCGCAAGGGUUCGGGUGUGACGGGGCGGUAGUGGACGUCGUCAAGGAGAAUGGCGCCAGCAACGGGCCCAAGACGUUGGAGUCUGUCAAGGUUGCGGUGAGGACCUUGACGAGCGCGAGGCAGCCUUCGUUGCUGAAUUUGAAGGUUUCUGAUGUGCCGUAUCAGAAUACUACGAAGGCCAUGGUCGGAGGAAGUAGUGAUCCCAACAUCAUUGUCGUACCAUAUUACGACAAUCUUCCCAGACCGUACUAUAAGAAGUCUGGGAAUAGUGUGGCUGCGUCUGCGAAUGCAACUUCCGCGUCGAAGGAGGAGAGCUUUGUCGAAGGCCACGGUACAAUUCAGUAAGAAGCAAUACAUGUAUUGACUCAAGGUAUUGGGAAAUUAGUAUGUACGAUGGCUUCA